AUGUCAGUGGAUAUCUCCGACUUGUCGAAAUUGUCCGAAAUUUACAAAGAAAACGGCUUUGUCCUGGUGAAGAACGUCUUCUCCGACGCCGAGGUCGACGAAAUGCGAGCUGAGAUUGGGAAAAUUGUCGGUGAAUUGGACCCCUCACAACAUCCCAAAAGCAUUUUUGACACAUACGAUGAGCAGCGACAUGCAUCGGACAGUUAUUUUCUGGAGAGCGCUUCAAAGAUUUCGUUCUUCUACGAGGACGGCGCCGUGGACAAGGAGGGAAAUUUAACGGUACCCAAGGAUCGUGCAUUGAACAAAAUUGGGCAUGGUAAGGAUGGAUUUACAUUCAUUUCAUCAUGAAAUUUCAGCGUUGCACUGGCUAAAUCCCGUUUAUAAAAAGUACAGUUUUGACAAACGGAUAUGUGUAAGUUCGUCUUCGAUUUCUUUGGAAUAAAAUGUUGAUGACUGGCAACAUUUCGCUCAUAUUAAUAUAUCGCUUUCGUGAUGACUUAUUUGCAUUGCCAAUUUUUGAAAAAUAUAUUUCCAGGCGAUCGUGGACAGCCUUGGCUUCCUGAAUCCACAUAUCGUGCAGAGCAUGUAUAUCUUCAAGGUUGGUUUUGUUUUUUUUUGUUUUUUAUUCUAAGUACUUGUUAGGACUUUACAAGGAAGUACCACAAUUGUAACGCUAGCGGCGGCUGAAUUUGUCAGCCGAGAGAGCACGCGAAAUGCGGAGAGCGCUUACAAGGGCUCGGUAAAACCUCGUCCCCUGGUUUCUUCUUGAAACAUAUACCAUUUGAAAGAGCGCAAAAAACUGGUCUAGGAUCACCUUCAAUUAGCUGCUAAGAUUCACUUACGUGCUAGCUAGAGAACUUUUUUUAGUUCUAAGCCAGUCUCACCCUUCUUUCAAGAAAACAAAAGGAAUCGAUUUCAAAAGCACGGCGAAGCAGUGCUUCGGUGGCCCAGUGGGGUAAGGCGCUCUACCAGUAGGGCCUGCGGACCAGGUUCGAAUCCUUUUUUGACUUUUUGGAUUUUUUUGGCUAUUAUGGAAUGAAGAAGGCUAGCAUGUAGUCUUUGAUUUUAAAUUGAUUUUUGGGGUACCCUAGAUUUUUUUACCAGAAAAAUCGACAGGUUUUUAAAUUUUUUGUGAUAUAGGUGUCUUUGACCCUGCAGUGGGCAUCCAAGAUGGUUGAAACUUUCAACGGCUUUAAUAUUUUUUGCCAGGAAUGCCCAUUUACGGACAGUACGUGAAAAACGAGCCUGAAAAUGGUAUACAUGUUUGAAACCUCCUAGUAUGUCUCGGGUGACAAGACCUAAAACAUCGCCUAAUCACUCGUUGAGGGCAUCGACCUGAGAGUUUCAAGCUCGGAAAAAACUUCAUGUUUUUUGAUCUUGAUUGAAGCCUCCAAUGUCAUAGGUGACUAAUAUUUGUAUGAAAAGUGAUUAUUAGAUCUCGUUGGCAUCUCAGAAGAAAAGGUUCCCAAAGUCUAAUUGGGAAUUUUGAAAAAAAGUUCGCUAGCUAGCACGUAAGUGAAUCUUUGCAGCUAAUUGAAGGUGAUCCUAGACCAGUUUUUUGCGCUCUUUCAAAUGGUAUAUGUUUCAAGAAGAAACCAGGGGACGAGGUUUUGCCGAGCCCUUGUUAGAGAGAAAAACGCUUUUUGGUCAUAUCUUUUUUGUCUUGUGUGGAAAAAAAUUGAUUUUUUGUGGAAAGAUUAUGCUCUACGGUAGAAAUUGAUAUGAAACUUUUCAUGGCCAAAUUCGAAAAAAAAAUUCUUGCAUUUUUUCCAAAUUUCGACCUAAAAAUCACGGUCUUUCCUGCAAAGCACAAUCUAGAAGUCUCACAUACGUCUCCAAAAAUGUUUUUAUAAAGUUUCCCCAAGUCUCAUCAAAAUCUGAGCGUCGAAUUUGGAUUACUUUCCAUGUGAACUCAAUCUUCUUCUCCAACAUUUUAAACCUCACAUUGUCACAUUGUAACAGCCCGUAAUUGCAUUGAUUUACGUUAUAUUUCCUCUAUUUAGCAACCCAAAAUUGGCGGUGCGGUGACGGACCAUAUCGACGCCACCUUCCUACAAAGUGACCCACCCGAAAACCUGUUCGGGAUCUGGAUUGCGGUGGACGAAGCCAGCCAGGAGAACGGCUGUCUCUGGUUCAUUCCCGGCUCCCAUAAGGGCCCACAUCCGGGCUAUCGGUUUGUGAGGACCUUCGCCACCGAUCCAAACGAAAAGCUACUGGUUUUCGAAGGCACCAAGCCGACUUAUGAUCAAAGUAAAUUCGUCCCGGUCCCGGUGCCCAAGGGAAGCUUGGUGCUGAUUAAUGGGCUGGUAGCGCAUAAGAGCGAGCCAAACACCUCAAACUUGAGUCGACAUGCGUAUACGUUACAUGUGGCAGAGAUGGAGGAAGGAAAGCAGUGGAACAAGCGGAAUUGGUGAGAAUUUUGAGCUUAUCGGUCUGUCGGGAAAAUACCGUGGAUUUGUCGCGCUUUGGAAUGGCUUAUCAUAUUAGCUUAGAGACGGCUAGCCAUGGCCGAAGUUUUAGUGCGCAACUGCGAAGAGGCCAAAAUUUUAGUUGCGACAAAUCCACAUUAUUUCCCCGACAGACUGAGAUAUCACCUUUUGUAGCCAAAUAUGAAGUGAAAAGCAAUUUGAUUUUGCCGCGACAAACUUCAUUUCCUUGGCUUCGAUUGAUGCGAUAGAGUGCUUAUUAUUAUCCCGACAGACUGAAAAAAUUUAGCUAGUGUUUCACAGGCGCAGUAGUGAUAUUUAGCGACCUUUUUCAACAUGUCUAAAAUUAGCUUGCAUCGAAAUUCCUUCAGUCUGGCUUGAUCUGUAUGAAAAAUGAGUGUUUUUUUACUGUUUUGUGCUAAAAAUGAUUGAAUAUCUUUGAUACUAACGCAAACCGAAGGCUGAAAAUUUUAGUGACUUUUCAGCGACCUAUUUCGAGACCAUAGGUUGACUCAAAUCAAAAUUCGAGCUAAAUCAAGGCGUCAUCUUUUCAGCAUUUCCUUUGAAACAUUAAGCACGAUCUUUGAAACUCUUUUCUCAGCUAAUCUCCUCAAAUUCGAUCCGGCUUCCUUUCAUUGACACCAUUCCCACAAUUCGUUCCUUUUUCUUUCAUUAACGCGAACUUUCAGGCUUCAAGAAACCGCGGACUACAAGUUCCCAGCCCUCUUCUCGACCAGGUCGUUCCAGUGA